AAAAUAAAAUUAAACAAAAAAAAGAUAAUACAUUUAAAUAGGUUAGAAUUUAUAUUUUAUUUGAAUAAAAUGGAUAAUUCGGCGUCCUUUGGAAAUACAUCCAUAAACACAGAUAAUGCAGAUGUAUCUGGAACAUUAUCUGGUUCAGACAUGAAUCAUGAUAAUACAAAAAGACGCAGUUCUUCAAGAUCGAUCAAAAGACGGAGAUUUGAUGAUGAAAUUGUCGAAUAUAGUUUGGGAAUACCAGGAGCGUCAGCAGUAAAGGGUGCAACUGGAGGUCGUGUACGUACUCAAUCAUUAAGCACUGUUGGCGUUGGUGUUGGUGGAACACAUUCAACGCAUAUUCAUGAUAGUAUCCAUCCAUCAUCCCCAUUAUUGUCAACUUCAACCGUUAUAAGUACUGUAGCGGCGGGUACAGUACACAAUACAACAUCAACAAGCACACCAUCGCCAAGUGUGGGUGUUAUGUUAAGUGGUGUUGGUGUUAGUGGUAGUGGUAAUAUAACACAAACAACAAGUAUUACAGCCAGUGGAGCUGUUGGAAUUCUAGCAACACCGCCAAUCAGUAAUAAUACACCUCCACAUCAAGGGGUAGUGCAUAGUGAAGUAAAAAAAAAACAUCAUCAUUAUCCGAUGAAGCAUAGUACAAUUGUUCAUGGUCAUGGUCAUGGUGUCCAUGGAGGUGCUGCGCCAUCAUCCACGCGUACUAAGAAAAAAGGUCGUCAACAUAAUCAUUUGACCACAAAAGACUUGGGAAGAUGGAAACCCAUGGAUGAUUUAGCUUUAAUUAUUGGCGUUCAACAGACAAAUGAUUUAAAAACAGUCCAUUUAGGUACAAAAUUUUCAUGCCGAUUUACUGUACAAGAACUACAGCAAAGAUGGUAUGCAUUACUUUACGAUGAAGCUGUUUCACGUGUGGCAGUCGCUGCUAUGCGAAGUCUACAUCCAGACAUUGUUGCUCAUGUUCAAGAUCGUGCAUUGUGGUCGGAGCCAGAAGAAAAAUUGUUAUGUUCAAUACCAUCCCAAUCAAAUCCAGUUAUGGAAACAUUCGAGGAGCUACUAUCAAAACAUUCAGAUGUUUUUUAUCCACAACGCAGUGCGAAGUCAUUGCAUCAACAUUGGAUUACACUACGUCAAUAUCACUUAUUACCUGAUCAAAGUUUAACUCCAUUGCCAAACAAUAAUACUACUAACAUUACAAAUAAUAGUAAUAGUACCACACUUGGUACAUUAAUUACACCACAAAGUGCACUUGAUAAUGGCAUUCCAACAAAUUUUAAUGAUGCCGAAGAUGCAAUCAUCAAUUCAGAACUAUCACUUGAAACAAAUGCAGAUGAAGAAAUCGAAACGAAUGUUGCAUUGACACAGAGGAAAAAUGUCAUGGAAAUACGUCAACUAGAAAAUGAGCUAGGACGAUGGCAUGUACUUGUAGAUUCUGUAACUGGAUAUAGUCCACCUGAUUUUGAUUCACAUACAUUGGCUGUGCUACGUGGACGUUUGGUUCGCUAUUUGAUGCGAUCACGCGAAAUAACAAUUGGUCGAUCAGCUAAAGGCUAUGAAGUUGAUGUCGAUUUGUCGUUGGAGGGACCGGCGUGGAAAAUUUCUAGACGCCAAGGAACUUUAAGAUUACGGAAUACUGGUGAAUUUUUCCUGUCGUCCGAAGGUAAACGUCCUAUAUUUGUGGAUGGUGUACCAAUAUUACAAGGGAACAAGGUUCGAUUAUUCAAUAAUUCCGUUGUAGAAAUAUCAUGUUUACGUUUUAUUUUUACUGUCAAUAUGGACUUAAUUCGAAUUAUUCGAAACGAAGCGAUACGGUUAGGUUUACCACCAUAAAUGGCACAAUAAAAUAACAAUUAUUAAUUAAUAAUACCUAGA